AUGGCUUCAUCUUCUUCUACAUCAACCACCAAACUUGGAAGAAAACAUCACGUCUUCCUUAGUUUUAGGGGAGAAGACACUCGUGUUGGUUUUACCAGUCACCUCAAUGCUGCUUUGGAAAGGAAAAAUAUCCUGACUUUCAUAGACGACGACCUAAAGCGAGGAGACGAAAUUUCCGACUCACUUGUUAAAGCAAUUGAAGGCUCCAAGCUUUCUGUGAUUAUUUUUUCCCAACUAUAUGCAUCUUCCAAAUGGUGCUUAGAUGAGCUUGUGAAGAUUCUUGAAAGCAGAAAACUUAGAGGACAGAUCGUUAUUCCAAUAUUCUAUCAGGUCGAUCCAUCCGAUGUAAGAAAGCAAAGUGGAAGCUUUGAAGAAGCAUUUGCAGAACUUGUGCAGAGCAAAGCAUUAGGGAUGGAGGAAGAGCGGUGCUACAGAGCUGCUUUAAAGGAAGCGGCCAAUAUAUCUGGGCAUGACUCACGGAAGUUUGGGUCCGAGUCUAAAUUUGUGGAGAAAAUUGUUAAAGAAAUCUUCAAUAAAUUAUGCAAAAUGUUCCCCAUUCACACCAUGAAUCUUGUGGGAACUGAUAAGCGCAUAAGGGAAAUUGAAUCUUUGUUGAAGAUGGGACUAGAGAUGCACGAUUUGCUGCAAGCAAUGGCUUGUAGUAUCGUUAGUAAAGAAUCUGAGAAUCCUAGAAAACGGAGCAGGCUGGUUGAUCCUGAGGAUAUCUACCGUGUAUUGAAGAAAAGAAAGGGAACGAAAGCAGUUAAAGGCAUAUGCCUUGACAUGCCUGAAUCAAUGGACAUGCAAUUGAAAUCUGAUGCCUUUGCAGGGAUGCGCUGUCUUGAAUUUCUCAUAAUCAAGGGAAAUAGAAGUAAAGUGCAGCUUCCUCGUCGUGGUCUUGAUUAUAUUUCCAAACAGCUUAUAUAUUUCCGCUGGGAUGGAUACCCUUCGAGAUCUUUGCCACAAAAAUUUUGUGCUGAAAACCUUGUUGAGUUUGACUUUUCUUGGCAGCAAGCUUGA